AUGAGUAGGACCAACGUCAUGGAGCCUCCUAUCGUCGAUCUCGCGCGACUGAACGUCAACGACGCGAGAGAAAACAAUGCUAUAACCGAUAUCGUGCAAACAAGCACGAUGAAUGCUGAGCCAGCGGACUGGAAAAUCAUGGCGUGGCAAGCAUGCCAGCAAGGACGUUCUGUUGAUGUCAAGUCGAUCCUGAGGAACUUGGAGCCUCAAGAUGUCUCGCACUUCGUCAAUGCCAGGGGCGAGGACGACAACACCGCCUUGAUAAUUGUUGCGGCUGUGGCUCAUAAAGAUGUGGCAUGCGCGACAAUCAUUCCUGUCCUGCUGGAAGCGGGUGCCGAUAUCAACGCCAAGAACAAAAAAGGUCGGACUGCCUUGAUGGAAGCAGCACUAUGGGGAGGACUAGCAGCAGUCAAAGCUCUGCUGAAAUGGAAGCGAGGCGUUCCCGUCAACGCAAGCUUGGAAGACAACUUCGGACUUAGUGCCAUUGAACUGGCUGGGACGGACAGUAAACUCGCAACCGAGAGAAAAAACCGAUGCGCUCAUGGCAAAAAUGUGCAAACACUUCUGGAUGGGAAACUACGGAUCCGCAUCGUAAAGUUGUUGAAACCCGUUGACAACGGAAAGAAUGUGCCCAGAUCUACUCGACAUGUGGACAUGCAGAAGCGUAUUGAAGAUGGCAAAGACAGAUUUGAUGCAGACAUCUUGAAGGAAACCCAGGCAAAGCUGAAGGCUGCGGAAGACUUGGCUAAACGCCACCUGGCUGAUCUGGAAAAGACAAGAAGGGAGCUAAGAAAGAAGGAAGGGGAGCUCGUAAGAGAGCACUCGAAGUUAAUGAACGCCCAGACCGACAUGAACGAUGUCUACGCAAAGUUUCGACCACCGAGCCGAAGCAACGUCGACAGAGCUGGUCAAAAGCCCCAAUUUAGGAAAAGAAGGAUGUCUAUCAACCCCUCUUGGUUCAGAUUCGAUUUCACGAUGACUUUCGAUGUCGAGCCUGUGUGGAAGGACGCAACGAUGGCGUACAUGAAGAUAAACGAAAAACAUUUCUUCGCCAAAAACGGGAAAGCUCAUGACACCCAAGAUGGCUACAUCUCAGGAGAGGAUUACUCGGCAAAAGCUUUUCACCUACAGAAACGCUUUACGGGCACGGUAAUCGGCUGGUAG